CUCCAUGGGUGCCCGCCUGUUCCUCCCGGGCCUCGUCCUGCUGCUGCUGCCCACGCCCACCCCAGCCCCCUGCCACACGGCCACGCGCAACGAGUGCCGGCGCAACCGCUGGUUCGUGCCUGGCUCGAUGCUGGCCGGGGAGGGCAUGGACGUGACCAGCCUCAAGCGCUCGGGCUCCUUCCCAGUCGACACAGAGAGCUUCCUGCGGCCCGACGGCACCUGCACCCUCUGCCGCAACACCCUACGGGGGGGUGCCCUCCAGCGCCUGCCCCUGGCACUGACCGACUGGCGCGCCCAGGGCUCGGGCUGCCAGCGCCGCGUGGUCAAGGCCAAGGCCAGCUCCACCGAGGGUGUGGCCAGGGAAGCAGCCAGCAACAUCCACAACGACUGGCGCGUGGGGCUGGAUGUGUCUCCCAAGCCCAACAUCAAUGUGCAUGUGAGCAUGGCCGGCUCGCACUCCAGGGUGGCCGACUUCGCUGCCCAGAAGACCCACCAGGACAGGUACAGCUUCAGCACUGACGUGGUGGAGUGUCGCUUCUACAGUUUCCACCUGGUACACUCUCCGCCACUGCACCCCAAUUUCCAGAGGGCCCUCAGCGACCUGCCCCCCAAUUUCAACACCUCCACAGAGGCUGACUACCUCAGGCUCAUCUCCAACUAUGGCACCCACUUCAUCCGGUCCAUGGAGCUGGGCGGCCGGACCCUGGCCCUCACUGCCCUGCGUACGUGUGAGCUGGCCCUGGAAGGGCUCACAGCCGAUGAGGUGUCAGACUGCCUAACAGUCGAGGCCCAGGUCAGCAUAAGUGACCACGCCAACCCUUCAUCAGAAUUCAAGGCCUGUGAGGAAAAGAAGAAGAAGCACAAGAUGACAACCUCCUUCCACCAGGCCUACCAGGAACGCUUUUCCGAGAUAAUUGGUGGCCACCAUACCUCCAUGAGUGACCUGCUGUUUGGGAACCAGGCCGGGCCGGAGCAGUUCUCAGCCUGGAUGGCCUCACUGCUGGACAGACCCGGCCUGGUGGACUACACCCUGGAGCCUCUGCAUGUGCUCCUGGAGAGCCAGGACCCACGGCGGGAGGCGCUGAGGCAGGCUGUGAGCAAGUACGUGAUGGACAGAGCCCGUUGGAAGAACUGCAGCAGGCCCUGCCCCCCGGGGCAGCAGAAGAGCCCCCACAACCCAUGCCACUGUGUGUGCCACAACUCGGGGAUCACCAACCAGGACUGCUGUCCCCGGCAGAGGGGCCUGGCCCACUUAGAGGUUAUGAACUUCCAGGCAAUGGGCCUGUGGGGAGACUACUUCACGGCCACAGAUGCCUAUCUGAAAGUCUUCUUUGGAGGCCAGGAGCAGAGAACCUACACGGUGUGGAACAAUAAUAACCCCACGUGGGUGACGCGGCUGGACUUCGGGAACGUGCUCCUGUCCACGGGGGGGCCCCUGAGGGUUCAGGUCUGGGACCAAGACUAUGGCUGGGAUGAUGACCUCCUUGGCACCUGUGACCAGAAAGCACAGUCUGGCUCACAUGAGGUCAGGUGCAACCUGUCCCACGGUCACCUGAGAUUCUCCUACAUUGCCAAGUGCUUGCCUCACCUGACGGGGGCAACCUGCCUGGAGUAUGCCCCCCAUGGUCGUCUGGGAGAGCCUCCAGGAAACCGGAGUGGGCCAGUGUGGUGAGAAGAGUGGGC